UGGAUGCAAAGAAAUGUUUUAAAGGUUUUCUUGUGAUAUGAUAUAUUGUUAUUUCUUGCUUAAUGCUUCUGAGUCUAGGCCAUAUACUUAACUAGUGUAUAUAUGUAUGUCUAAUUGUGCUUUCUAAACAUUUCAGGCUCUAAUAUCCUACAUUCUACAUAAUUAAAUUACUUUCAAUAAAUAUGGAAAGAGAACAUCGUGUGACUUAUGGAGGUUUAUUCCACUCUCACAAGGUUCAAUAUAGCAAAGAGACUCAGAACUUGUUAAACCGUCUGAUUGAAGAGAGUAAGCUCUCAAUACUACAGAGGCAGGCCUUGAAAAAUUCUGUGAAGAAUGGAGAGCCCCUACCUGGGCCGGAACGUGGGAAUAGUGCCAGUAAAGGGCGGGGGCAAGGAAUGACAGGAAGGGGAGAGGUGCUGGUGCCCCCCGCUCUGCCUCGUCGCCGUAGUUAUCAGGCUAUUGUGCGGUCUGGAGCAUACCAGCGAGACACUUUCCAUCCACCAUACAACUCUAACAUGAAAGACCGAGAGGAAGAGAAGCAGAAGUUGCAGAGUCUGAUGACCUAUGGCAAGAAUCUUCCACCAGAUCCUAGUUCUCUGAAGACAUCUCGACUCAAACAGAGAGCUGAGGAAGAGGAGUUUGAUGCUGACACAUUGUUUGACCAUUUGGUUGAAGAGAUUAAGGAGCGACUAGAGUUCCUACAGGAGAUGGAGAGGCUGGGCGAGGCUAAGGCUUACCAAGAUGUCAUAGAGCAGGAGAUUGCUGCUAAGAUGCGACAGAUGGCCAAUAUAAACCGUGAUAAGUUUGUUGAACUUAGUUCUAAGAUUGACAAGAAAGCUGUAAUUGCAGCUAGAAACAAACCUUUGAAAAAUUCAUUUAGUUUGGAGAAUAAUAUAUUUCCUUGUCACUGAUCUGCUGCAAAUUGUAUCAACGAUUUAAUCAUAAUAGCACACACACACACACGUCCAAUUUGAUUUUUGAAGUGCAAUUAAAAAUCAAAUGAAUAAUGAACUAAAAUUAGUGAGUGUUGAAUUUUAUGAUGGUUUCUAUUACUUAUCUGUUUUGUGUCAAUGUCUUAUGCACAAUUUAGUGAUAGUAUUUGCAAAUUUAUGUUAUAAAUUACAAAUCUGUUUGGUAAAGAAAGUAGAAUUACUAUA